GCCCAGAGAGGGGAGGGGACCUGCUCCAGGUCACACAAGAAUUGGGCCUUGCCUCCCUCCAUCCAGGACACUGGUCCCCGCAGGGCUGUGGCCCACCCUUCCUCCUUGUGGUUAGGAAGUGACCCCCUCCCCCACCCACCACCUGGGCCUGGCUUUAUCCCAGGACCUGGGCACUGCAGGGCUGGGAGUAAGCGAGCAGGACAGCAGGUGGACAGCGGCGGCAGCAACAGCACUGCCCUGUCCCUCUCGGCCCGCCAUAUGCCCCCACAGGGCCGUGCUGAGGGCCAUGAGGCUCUGGUGCAUAGAGAGUUACAGCUGGGGCCCCUCCCAGUCUCCAGGGUACCGUCCCUUAGCAACAGCCCGGCCCGGCAGGACACACUGCCAACACUGGGCAGAGCAGGCGGAGCGGCUACCCAGACUCCAGGACAGACGAAGGCCAGGUUUUUCCGCCGCAUGGACCGGGACAGGAGUCGGUCCCUGGAUGCAGGGGAGCUCCAGCGGGGCCUGGCCGAGCUGGGGCUGGUGCUGGACAUGGCUGAGGCGCAGGGCGUGUGCAGGCGCUGGGACCGUGACAGCAGUGGGACGCUGGACCUGGAGGAGUUCCUGCGGGCGCUGCGGCCCCCCAUGUCCCAGGUCCGGGAGGCAGUUAUCACAGCCGCGUUUGCCAAGCUGGACCGCAGCGGGGACGGCGUGGUGACUGUGGAUGACCUCCGGGGGGUGUACAGCGGCCGUGCUCACCCCACGGUGCAGAGCGGGGAGUGCACGGAGGAGGAGGUGCUCCGCCGCUUCCUGGACAACUUUGACUCCUCGGAGAAGGACGGGCAGGUCACGCUGGCCGAGUUCCAGGACUACUACAGUGGCGUGAGUGCCUCUGUGGACACGGAUGAGGAGUUUGUGGCUAUGAUGACCAGCGCCUGGCGGCUGUGAGCGGUGCACACC